GGCAGCAGCACUAGUCUCCCAUACAAAGCUAGAACCCCAUUGAAAAACAUGUCUCAGCUUAGCACCCUCUUCACCAUUGCACUUCUCGUCAGCUUGGUGCUAACCCAAGCCGCUCGUCCGGAGCCUCUUGUCUUGGCAGGAUCAGAUCAUUCUCUGGUUAGAACCCAACAACAUGGGGAUGUUAUAGCAGAAAACGCCGAGGUUGAAGACAGUUGUGAAGGAGUAGAAGGGAAAGAAGAGUGCUUGAUGAGGAGGACACUCGCUGCUCAUCUGGAUUAUAUCUACACGCAGAAGCACAAGCCUUGAAAGUUGAUCAACUUCUCCUCUAUAUAUAUAUAUAUAUAUGUUCUCUGUAGCUAGAAAUUGUAAUAAUAUCGAAGUGCACUCAUUUGGUAUAAUCAAAUAAAUGGAAUAUUGUGGUUUAUAUAUA